GGAGAGAAAGGCGAGUGACGAGUUCAUGGCGCGUGUAUAUUUUUGUGUAUACAUUCGUCAUAGGGAUUCGUCAUAGGUUAGAGGAGAAAAACGUGUGUCUGGUGAACAGGUCUGGUGUCUGCGCUCCUUCUCGCCCAGGGAAGGCGCAGUAGGCGAAAACAGAUUUUGUUCGUAAUGUGUGGCAAAGGCAGCUUUCGGUAGUGAACAGUUUACUAGUAGUGCGAAUGUACAUAUCAUGAGUCUCUGUGCGCCUGGCAAAUCGUGAGCGUUGUAAAUCAACCAAAAAGUCCGAAAUAAGCUCAUUAGGACAUUCCUUGAGGGAUGAUCACAAUAGUCAUGGAGUUUGAUCGUUACUGGAGGAUUGUGACUUUCGAAGAUAUGAAGAUAUGAAGGAAUUAUCCAGGAAAAGAAGCCAGGGAAUCGCAUCUAAGUGCGAAUUUAGUGAUAAAGGAAUCGCGUUUUACUCGAAAAGUUCAUCGGAGAGAAAGCACGAUAUGAGUAUGUGACAUGAUACAAAGCACGAUGAUAUGUGGCAGAUAAUGAAUUGGAGACAAUUGUGAGAGUGGUUUUUCGUGUCACAAACGGAGAAUUACGAUUGUCAUUUAUAGACGUUAGGAAACAUAUACACCAUUAAUAAGAACGUAAUAAAAAAUAAAUGUGAUGCCUCGUGAAUGUGAAUAACGUGCUAUGCACAUUAAAACUCGAAGAGAAUCCGCGAGAAGAGUGAGGGAGCAUGUAAUAUGCUGUAAUAUGCUGUGCGAGCGAGACAACACGUAGACGGUGUCUUCCAAUCGAUCGCUCGUGCUAUCUUCCGUAAAAUGGACGAGACGUUGGUAGUCUACAUGGAGCGAUCGUGAGAGAUGUCAAGUCGGCCAGAGUGGAUUUCGCUAAUCGGAGUGAGUCGCGUCGGCAUAGUCUUCGGCGUCGGCGUCGGCGUCGGCGCCGUCGGCGUCGGCGACACAGCGAAGUCGGGACGAUGUCAUUAUCGAUCUGAAAACAGGACAGGAGAGGAGGCUGAUCGAUCGUCGGUAUCAAUAGACUAGUGACUCUGCGAAACACUGGGUAUAAAAGCAUCGCGAGUCAUUUGAUCAAUUGUUCGUUCGAGGAAACGCGAUCUUCGGGUUACGUGCAUCAUCGACCAGCCGACUGACUGACUAAAAAUCAAUGAUACGAAUACGGUCAUCGCUAACGUGUGUUGCGAGGGACUCAAGGCUUGGAGAGGAUCCUCGGUGAUAGGAGCCAAUGGAAGUUGCCUUCUCCAUCUGUAAUUCACAUGGUGCAUUCUGAGGAUGGAUUUCUUAUUUUUGUCUAUCUAAGAAGCAGCACUUCUUGUUAGUACAUGGUCUACGUCCUACUGUUCCUCAGUGUGUCUCGCACUGGUUGCACUACACGGAACAAAUGAACUUGAAUAUCCGUUGCAAAUAGUGAGAAGUCAUAUAGAAUUGCGAAAGGGUGACAUGGAGUCAUUGUGGACAGGAAAGAUUGUUGCUUGGAGUUUACUUAUGUAUGAUAUUAUUGUAACUGGCAUUAUUGAGAUCGUACAGGGAACAUUCGGGGGACUGUUCAGUAAUCCGGCAGUUCGAUAUAUCGGCGGCAGUUAAUGACGUUGACAUUCUAAUUUUAUCCGAGAUAUAUUGUACAUGACGAUCACUGAUGGUGGAGGAUUCGCGUUUUUCGCCUGACUCGUCGUCGCUCGUAGACGACGGGCCACGUUUCUGCGACAACAAUGCCGCGGCCAAUCGAUAUGUUCAACGAUAUGUAGAAAAUUUCGCCUUUCUAAACGCGCCUUCCUGCCACGGUUCGAUGUAAUAAGGAUAGUAUUAUAUAUGAGGUACACGUCGCUGCCGCUAUAUGGUACCGGCGAUAUAUCAUAUAUAUAUAUAUAUAUAUAUAUGUGCGUAUGUUACAUAUGUGGCACCGAUAUGUCGUUCUCAAAUCUAAUUUUUUGCCAUCGGCCUAUAAACCGAGCUUCUUGAUUUUAUCGUGAUCGAGCCGCACGCGGAUUUCGACAGGCAAUAACGGCCUACGCUCAACCUUUUUCGAACUUUGGACUUUUCUACGCGGACGGUUGUGGAUUUUAUAUUCGGGACAAAACUGGUGACACAGAGAACCGCAUAGGCUUUUGAUAUCCCACUGUACGUAAUUGAGAUUUUAACCCGUAUAAUCAUCGGGCAUCAGCAUUGAUUAUUGCAGUUGUUGUGAGAAACUGUCGCUGAUCGACUGUUGGAAGACACUUCAUUUUAUAGUUACUUGUAAUAUUAACAAAGAAACUGAAAUUUUGGACAGGACGAGAGGUCGGAACUGUGAUGAGAAUUGUAAAGUGUUAGAAAGAUAUAUUAUCCGUGGGCUAGAACAAAAAAUUUUCAGUGACGUGUACAGAGCCAGACAUAUAUUGCGGAACUCGAGAGAAUGACGCACGACGGAUAGCGGUUCAUACCGAUGGCACUAAUGAGAAACGUGAGACCGCUUCGUUGCGAAAGAUACAGGAGUAUGAGAGGCAUAAAAACUCGAUUGGAUACUAUCGAUGAAGAACGGUGGUAAUCAACAGUCAAGAUUUCUGUCGAGCUACAACGAUGUGUAGGACGAUGUGCAGAACGAUUGAGAAUCAAAAUCGUUCGAAAGUGAGAGUCUUCGAAACAUAUUGUGCGUGAAAACCACUAUACGAGAGACGGAUUUUCAAUCCGUCGAGAUUGCACCACGUCUCUGUUCGUCGAAUUCUUCCGAGCCAGCUGAGAAUACGAGGGUCUCUCGUGUUCGGUUAUGCGCAUGUCCAGUGCCUUGACAACCAGAACGCCUAUAUAUCCUCAUCGGUGUUGCGAAGUUGCAUCGGGGAAGCAACACACAUAUCAAAGUUUUGCCGCGUGUUCGCGAUAAAGUCAGCGCGCGCCUCGUCCAUUGGCGAGGAGACACUACUGGCGAGUCCGUUGGGACAACGGAAAUAAGAACCGAGUGUAAACACGUGGUGGACGGAAAGAAGGAAGGACUUCCUUUCGUGCGAAGUGCAGCGUCGGAAACGCGGAAAAUAUGUGAACAGCAUGCAUUGGUAACAACGGAACCGUCGUACGGUCCCUUCCGCCAUUAGUAAUCGAGAAAAAAGAGGCUGUGUUGUUACAUUCGUAUCAGAGCUUAACGCACGAGCGCAAGCGCGAGCGCGCUUCAUUGUUGAUUUUAUCUUUUUUUGUUUUAUACCGUGGAAAUUCGGCUGUGUUGUUAUUUAUAGUCAGAGAGCUUAAUACUUGGCGUAUUAACUUAACGUGAUAACGUAUGUUCGUAAGUAUCGUUCGUUCAGUAACCUGAAUCAAGAAACAAGAAAGCCACAAGUCACACAAAUUCACGAAUAAAAAUAAGGAAGAAAAAAGAAGCAAAGUUCCUCGAUAUAUUUUUGCUACGUCCUUCCUAAUUUACUUCGCCGUUUGCGAGCGAAACGAUCGGCCGACUGACUGACCAAAUCAACCGAGUUCACGAAAACAUGACUGCACAUUAACAAACAUCUCUCUCCGUUCCCAUUUGAUCUACGACUGCUGAAUCAGUGAAAGAAAGAGAAAAAUUCGAAGGACUGACGUGUUUUCGCGCAACCUGGCUCCAUUAACCGUCGAACAACGAAAACUCGCGAAAACUUUCGUUAUUCGUCGUCGGGAUCGAGAACCGUAUCCGGACACAGCAUCAUCUCUAUCUUUCUCUCUCCUCGUCGUCAUCGUUGCGAUCGAUCGUCUUUGUUUGUUUUACCCGCUUGAGGAGAGAACAUAGUUUUGUGGAAAAAACAUAUGUAAAUCUCUGACGACGCGUCGAGUCCACUUGGUUGGCGACUCGUCCGUUUCUUUCAUCGCCUGCCGCUGUGUGUCCGAGUUUGCGCGAGUGUUCCCAAUAUAACAUAUCUUUUUGGACUAUGAGAUCUCGUUCAUUAAUCCGUCAUUCGCAUUCGAGGAAAGACGAUUUUUGAAACGCAUUGUGUGGGAGGAGCAGGCUCGCUCGUCGAUGUCAUUCCACCGCAAUCGAGAUUGAUGUGAUCACCGGAUUGGCCAGUUUGAUAAGGUUGGAUAAGAACAACGCGACGAGUCAGAGACGUAACAGUAACCAUUCUUGGUCAUGUCCUUCCGUAAUAUCCUGCGAAAGUGCAUCAAAAAGACGCGCCGUGUGAUUGUGCACGCGCUCAAAAGAUGAAUCGCCGUCUGAUACGCAGUCGAAGUGCCUGUUGGAAUUGCGGAACCUUGUGAGGGCGAAAUAUUGACAACGUCUGUCAAAGCAUGUCGUUGCGGUUAAUUGCUCAUCGAAUUCUGGCUACCGGCUACGAUCGAGCAACGAAAUCCCGGUGACUGGAGUCUCGUGGUAAUCGAGGAGGGUGGACUCGCACGCGGCCAUGACGAAGUACGGUUUCGCCAGGCUGGCUCUAUGGCGACCGAGACGCUCCGUCACUUCCCAACCGCCAAACAGCCAGGAAAACAACCCUCUAAUGGAGGGCGAGGGCGGCGGCGGUGGAGUUGGUGGCCGUUCCGUGACCGGCCCUGGGGGUGGUGGAGGAGGAGGAGGCGGUCGACGAGCGCCGAGCCUACGGCUGGUGAACGGAAGAGCAACUACGGGCGUGAGUUUGCACACUAGCAGCACCGAAUCUGUACGUUCUCCCCAUCACCAUCUCGGUCAGCAGCAGACUGCCGGCAACAACUGCCACGCCGGUAACAACCCCGUCGCGAACAAUCACCCGAGGCUCAACAAAGAUGACAGCAUCAAGAUCAGCAUCGAGAACACCAACACUUGUACAGAUAGCCUCGUCACUGCUCUAGACGACGAGACUCUGCUCAUUACUGAUUUCCUGGGCGAUACAGGCAACGAGAUGAAUUACAAGGGCAGCGGGAAGGUCCACUUCGGGGUGGACGAUGUAUCCCUUUAUGGGACCCCGAAGGAGGAGCCUGGUCCGGGUUUACCGGGACAGGAGGUCAAACAGAGCUUCCUGAAGAAUCAGCUUCAGGCUUUAUUCCAGCCGACGGACAACAAGCUGGCCAUGAAGCUUUUUGGCAGUAAGAAGGCGCUCAUGAAGGAACGGAUCAGGCAAAAAGCUGCAGGCCACUGGGUCAUCCAUCCUUGCUCCAGUUUUCGAUUCUACUGGGACCUCUGUAUGCUCCUCUUAUUGGUAGCUAAUCUGAUAAUUCUGCCAGUCGCCAUUAGUUUUUUCAAUGACGACCUAAGCACUAGAUGGAUAGCCUUCAACUGCCUUUCCGACACAAUAUUUCUUAUAGACAUCGUUGUCAACUUCAGGACGGGUAUAAUGCAGCAAGAUAAUGCCGAGCAAGUAAUAUUGGAUCCGAAGUUAAUCGCAAAACACUACUUAAGAACUUGGUUCUUUCUCGACCUCAUCUCCUCCAUACCGUUAGACUACAUUUUCCUUAUAUUUAAUCAAUUUCAGGACUUCAGCGAAUCCUUCCAGAUUCUACAUGCUGGACGCGCUCUCAGGAUUCUUAGGCUUGCAAAACUGUUGUCACUCGUUAGAUUACUACGCUUGUCAAGACUGGUGCGGUAUGUCUCGCAAUGGGAAGAGGUCUAUAUCCCCCUUUAUCAACAGCCGGAGAGGCACUACGAGCGUCGGGCGACACCGCCCCAACCAGACCGAACCAGCAAGAUAUUGCAGAACCUACAAAAAAAACGCACUGAACGGAGGGGGCGCCUAAGUUCUGACAAUAUGACUAAAAAGAAGUCCGGUUUCAGCAAAAGCGACCUUAUUUUUAAGUUCCUGAAUAUGGCGUCGGUGUUCAUGCGGAUUUUUAACCUGAUCUGUAUGAUGCUUCUAAUCGGCCAUUGGAGUGGCUGUCUGCAAUUCUUAGUACCUAUGCUUCAAGGAUUUCCCAGUAAUUCAUGGGUGGCCAUUAACGAGUUACAAGAUUCGUUUUGGCUGGAACAAUAUUCAUGGGCUCUUUUCAAAGCCAUGUCGCACAUGUUGUGUAUCGGAUAUGGUAGAUUCCCGCCGCAAUCCUUGACCGACAUGUGGUUGACUAUGCUCAGCAUGAUCAGUGGUGCAACAUGUUACGCUCUUUUCCUCGGACACGCGACAAAUCUCAUUCAAUCUCUCGACUCCUCGAGAAGACAAUAUCGCGAGAAGGUAAAACAAGUGGAAGAAUACAUGGCCUAUCGAAAACUACCGAGGGAAAUGAGACAAAGGAUCACAGAAUACUUCGAGCACCGCUACCAAGGAAAGUUUUUUGACGAGGAAUUAAUCCUUGGAGAGCUUUCGGAAAAAUUAAGAGAAGAUGUGAUCAAUUACAACUGCAGAUCACUAGUAGCAUCUGUGCCCUUCUUCGCUAACGCCGAUUCCAAUUUUGUUUCGGAUGUCGUCACAAAACUCAGAUACGAAGUCUUCCAGCCAGGUGAUAUCAUCAUUAAGGAAGGUACCAUCGGCUCGAAAAUGUACUUCAUACAAGAGGGCAUAGUCGAUAUUGUAAUGGCGAACGGGGAAGUUGCAACCUCGUUGUCAGAUGGAUCUUACUUUGGUGAAAUCUGUCUGUUAACAAACGCGAGGAGAGUAGCAUCAGUCCGAGCGGAGACCUAUUGCAAUCUUUUCAGCCUCUCGGUGGAUCAUUUCAAUGCCGUGUUGGACCAGUAUCCACUAAUGCGCAGAACGAUGGAAAGCGUUGCCGCCGAGAGGUAUAAGCUUUGGUUAAACAAAAUCGGGAAGAAUCCUAAUCUAGUGGCUCAUCGCGAGGAGGAUCUCGGUAGCGAAUCAAAAACUAUCAAUGCCGUGGUAAACGCACUUGCAGAGCAAGCAGCGCAUGCCAGCGCCAGCGAGGAAUCGGUACACAGCAUGGAGCUCAGAACGCUGCCGGCUUGUCUCUUGCCCAGACCAAAGUCCGAAAACAAUUUUGCGAGCCAAGAACUUACGAGAGAAGGACGGAGGAUCUUCCACAAAAGCGACACAUUCCAUAAGGAUUCGUAUCAAUGACGACACUCCUUUUACUAGCGUACGCAGAGAUAUUAACGGCUCCAUGUCGAAAUAAUAUUAGGAUUUGUUUCGUUGAUAGGACAAGUUGGUGGUUUUGCAUCCUGCGCUUAGACGAUCCUGUAGCAAUGGUCUAUACAUAGAUACCGGUCAUGCCAAUAGCCCGUUA